AAGUAUAUGUCCAAGAAACUUCCACUUACUUUGACUGCUUCUUUGCUGACCAUCGCCACCCCAAAUGUCAUCUGGAACAUACACUUAAAAUUGUGUCUGUGUAGGUGUGUUUAUUGUGUCAAUAUAAACACAAUCUACUUAACCAACCCUUGUUCUUCUUUACUUCUCUCAGAUAAGUCAAAGGGAGUUACUAACAUCAGGAUUGUGCUCCUUGGAGCUAAGGGUUCUGGGAAGACUUCAGCACUCAACACUAUCCUGGCAAGAGAGAACAACCCUAAACCCAUUAGGACAGUCUGUUGCCAGGCUGGACAAGAAAUGGUGCUUGGGAGACUGGUAACUGUGGUGGACACACCAGGGUGGUGGAUGAACUACUUCUGUGAUGAGAGCUCCAACUUUGAUCGGGGGGAAUUGGCGCUGAGUUCUUAUUUUUGUCCUCCGGGACCUCACGUAUUUCUGCUGGUGAUCCGUGUGGACAGAGCAUUCACAGAGACCUGCAGAAGAGCAGCACAGGAGCAUCUAGAUAUGAUCGGUGAACACAUCUGGAGUCACGUUAUCCUGCUGUUUAGUUUUGGGGACUGGCUCGGAGACACGCCUAUUGAGCAGUACAUUGAGAGUGAGGGAGAAGCUCUGUGGUGGAUUGUUGAAAGAUGUGACAACAAGUAUCAUGUUCUGAACAGUAAAAUGAAAGAUAAGGAAUUUCAAGUCAGGGAGUUGAUUGCAAAGAUUGAGAAAAUCAUCACUAGCAGUGACAACGGCUGCUAUUAUAAACUAGAGAGGAAAGUGUUGGAGCAGCUGGAGGGGACGAUGCGAAGAGAGAAAGAGAGAGCCAGAGAAAGGCUAAUGAAGAAGAAGAAACAAAGGCAGAUGGCAAGAGUUCAGCUGGGUGAGUUGGAUAAUUAA